UCGUCGAGUGGAUUUUUGUUCACCAUGUUGGAUCAACUGCCCCUUCCAGUUUUGUUGCGACCUGUACUUUUGGUCACCUCAGCGGUGACAGUUGUGAAGCGUCAAGGGCCUAAACUCUUGUGAGGGACCCGCCGCCGCCUCUUCGGCCCCCCGGCCUAAAGACGGAAGGAUUAAUGUUUUGACUGGACAUGCGGGCGUCCAUCACAAGAUGCCCGGUUGAAUUCUGCUAGCUUCUUCCGUGAUCCUGGCAGCAGUAUCCGGUCAAAGAGAAUCGAAGCAUCCAAGUCAAUUUAAUGUUUUUAAUCAUUCAGGUGUCGCUGGAUUAUUGCUUGUAAAGCGCAGAAAGAGGCAGUGUUGAUACACACUGGACGCAAGAAGAGCCGAUGGGGGAAAUAAGUUGGCUGCCAGCCGCCUUUGAGAAUUCCUCCUGUCGUGUUUGGAUUUACAGUCGACGCUUUGUUAUUCUGUCAAAAUGAUUGGGAUUUUUAUUUCAAAUGGCUGUGAUAUCUGAGCAAAGUGGAUGACGAGGCCUGUGCUUGCGUAGCCUGGGCUAGGAUACACUGUACACACCGGAUCAGCAGUGUUAUUAACCACGGUCCUGGAGAUUAUCCCUAUUUACGGAGUAUCUGACCUGUGCGUAACAUCUGAAGGAGCUAAUUUGCAACACACAAAAGAGCUACUGGAUGUCAUUUCCAACCAUUUUGAAGGCCUGGGGGUGGGAACCGUGACAAUACCGGACAAGACCUUAUGGCAAACUUGGGUAGAUUUAAAAGAUGAAUGCGCUGCUUCCCAUGUGACAUGGUUGAGACAACAAGACGGGGAAAUUGAAAGUCACCAGGGGGAGGGGGACGCCACUUUUACCAUGAGGGACAUCUAGGGCCACUGUUUUUUAUUUAUUAAGGGGGGGUGUGGGUUAUUUUUUUAUUGCAUAUUUUGUUUUAUCAUCGCAAAUAGGUGCACUGAGAGGGCUGCAAAGCUAGUCAGCCAGGCCUAGACAGAUAGCUAGUCUUCGCUGUAAAUGUCACGAUAUGCUUUCCGUUAGCAGCCUUCGGCUACAGUAUCCUAAUGGUGUGCAAGCAAGAAAAUUAAUUUAGAGAACUGGGUCAGGUCCUUGUUGGCAUAAUGACGAACAGGCUAACGGGAGAGGUUUGCCUCCCCAUAGAUUUGAAAUAAGUGAUGUUUGAUGAGUUCUAGACAAAUCUUUUUUUUUUAAUAUAUGUAUUUAAUAAACUUGAUUCAUUAGACUAUUGCCACACAUCCCAGGCAUCCGUUUGGCUGGUUGCCAUUCAUCUACACCUUUAGAGCCUUUUUUGUUAAAUUCGCACUUCACCAUCAUUUCCCUGCCUCCUUUUAUUCUUUUAUUUUAUUUUUGGGGAGUGAAUGGCUCUUUGUGGUACCACGGCUACAAAUGCCGCAAAAAUGAUGGCCGCUUACAACGGUGGCUCCACGGCAGUUGCUGCCCAUCACCCGCAUCAUCACCACCAGCUCCAGCAUCUCCCACCUCCCCACAUCCACCACCAUCACCAUGCCGGCCAGCACCACUUGCAGCACCCCGGCUCGGCCGCGGCUGUGCACACAGUUCAGCAACACACUUCCACAGCUGCUGCCGCGGCGGUGAUGCUGAACCCCGGCCAGCAGCAGCCCUACUUCCCCUCUCCCGCCCCCGGCCAAGCGCCUGGGCCGGCAGCGGCGGCAGCUCCUGCCCAGGUUCAAGCCGCUGCCGCCGCCGCUGUCAAAGCUCACCACCACCACCAUCACCACCAACAGCCGCAGCAUCAGCAGCAACACACGCACCACUUACCGCAGCAGCUGGACAUAGAGCCUGACAGACCCAUCGGCUAUGGAGCAUUCGGAGUUGUCUGGUCAGUGACAGACCCGAGAGAUGGAAAGCGAGUCGCCCUCAAAAAGAUGCCCAAUGUCUUCCAAAACCUUGUUUCUUGCAAGAGGGUAUUCCGGGAACUUAAGAUGCUGUGCUUCUUCAAACAUGAAAAUGUACUCUCUGCUCUGGACAUACUGCAGCCUCCCCACAUCGACUACUUUGAGGAAAUCUAUGUGGUGACUGAACUGAUGCAAAGUGACCUCCAUAAGAUCAUCGUAUCACCACAGCCUUUAAGCUCAGACCAUGUCAAAGUUUUUCUUUAUCAGAUUCUGCGAGGACUCAAAUACCUUCACUCAGCUGGUAUUCUACACCGAGACAUCAAACCUGGCAACCUCCUGGUCAACAGCAACUGUGUGCUCAAGAUCUGUGACUUUGGCCUGGCCCGGGUAGAGGAGUCAGACGAGUCACGGCACAUGACUCAGGAAGUGGUGACACAGUACUACCGAGCUCCGGAAAUCCUUAUGGGGAGUCGCCACUACUCCAAUUCUAUUGAUAUCUGGUCUGUGGGCUGCAUCUUCGCUGAACUGCUGGGACGACGCAUCCUCUUCCAAGCCCAAAGUCCAAUUCAGCAGCUGGAUUUGAUCACUGACCUUCUGGGGACUCCCUCUCUGGAGGCGAUGAGGACGGCAUGUGAAGGUGCCCGUGCACACAUCCUCAGAGGACCUCACAAACAGCCAUCCCUUCCUGUUCUGUACACGCUGUCUAGCCAAGCCACACAUGAAGCUGUCCACCUUCUCUGCAGGAUGCUGGUGUUCGAUCCAUCAAAACGGAUUUCAGCAAAGGAUGCCUUGGCUCACCCUUAUCUGGAUGAGGGUCGACUGCGCUACCAUACAUGUAUGUGCAAAUGCUGCUACACCACAUCCUCGGGUCGUGUUUACACGAGCGACUUUGAGCCUGUCACCAACCCCAAGUUUGACGACGGCUUUGAGAAGAACCUGAGCUCCGUACGGCAGGUCAAAGAGAUCAUCCAUCAGUUCAUCUUGGAACAGCAGAAGGGUAAUCGAGUGCCACUCUGCAUUAAUCCUCAGUCAGCUGCUUUCAAAAGCUUUAUCAGUUCCACAGUGGCUCAGCCCUCUGAAAUGCCUCCAUCUCCACUGGUGUGGGAAUAGCUGUUGUGACUGUCAGCUCCUUCUCCUUCCUCCUGCUAGACUGGGAACAAGAAAGCAUCGAACCCCCUUCCUGAUAUGCGUAGCAUUUCACUGGAGACUAGGACUCAAUGUCCACUGUGUAUAUACUUAAAUAUUAGUGAUGAAGGAAAAAACUCCGACACUGAUACGGAUAUAUUAGAGGGUUUUAUAUGCAAGUGUAUGAGAGCAGUGCUCUGUAGACCAAAUCAGAAUGUUUUAAACAAACCCAUCUUGUCACUUCCUGGUAGAAAUGAAACCUGAGAGAUGACAGACGUAAGGAGAAAAACACUUGGACAGGGAGAUUUAUACAGCUAUUGCAUCAUAAAGAAUCAUAAACUGUUUUCAUAUAUAUAUGCAUAUACAUAUACAUAUAUAUAUGUUUGUAUGUGUUUGUGUGUGUAUACAUAUACACUCAGUGCCCACUUUCUCAGCUCCACCUUUCCAGUCGGAAGCAGUUCAGGUCAGCAGCUCUGCCAUAAAUUCUGCUUUUUAACAAAGUUUAUAAUGUUCAGUUUGUGUUGACAUUGUGGAGAAUGUGUCACUUUAAUUCUGUGUUUAUUACUGAGG